AUGCACCUGGAGGAGCUCAAAGAGUUUCUUAUGCUGGAGAAGAAUCUCACCCAGGAGGGACUAUUUCGCAAGACAGGAGCCGUUUCCAGGCAGAACGAGCUACGAAUGCACAUACAGCACGACCAGCCCUUGGAUUUGGAACUGACAAGAUUCUCGGCUCACGACUGUGCCACUGUUUUUAAGAGCUUUCUGGCCGAGCUGCCAGAGCCUUUGCUUACAGACGCCCACUAUCCAGCACAUCUUCAGAUAGCGCCGCUUAGCCAGGCAGUAAUGGGGGGUCAGGUGGCGGCUACCGCAGAGCGCCAACAACAUCUUCUCAACUCGGUGCAGCUGCUCCUUCUCCUGCUCCCCGAAGAGCAUCGCGGGUUACUGCAGCACAUUAUUAAAAUGCUCCAUUCGGUGGCAGCGCGUGAGGAGAGCAACAAGAUGUCCGCGGAGAAUUUGGCCAUCUUGUUUACACCGCACCUGAUUUGCCCCAGGCAAAUGCCGCCUGAGGCGCUCAACUAUACGGCGAAGAAGAUGUCCAGCAUUGUGUCCUACAUGAUUCAGCAGGCGCAAAAGCAAAAAAACCAUGUCACCGGAGCAAACCCUUGA